AUGCGCAUCGCCGUCGCAGGUGGAGGAGGACUCGGAUACCUGCUGGCACUGCAACUCUCACAGGCGGCUAAUGCAUACAACGUCGUCGUUUUAUCAAGAUCCGCAAGACCCGAAUUCGCCCAGCUCGAUGUUCAGCUCCACGUCGUCGAUUACGGUGACCACGACAGCCUGACGUUUGCCCUCCAGGGCGUCGACCUCGCCAUAUCGACCAUCUCCGGGACCGAGCAAAUCAACCUCAUCAACGCCGCCGGGCGGGCUCGCGUCCGCGUUUUCGUGCCCUCCGAGUUCGAAGGCAGUUUGGCCAAGCGGCCGUCGCACCACGAUCCCCUGGACCGCGGGUCUGUCCAGGCAAUCAGUCUGCUGAAGCAAUGGGAGAGCGCCUCGCGCAUGAGAUACACCGUCUUCGCAUGCGGCAUCUUCAUGGAGCGAUUCCACCCGUACGGGCUGGGCUAUCUCAACAUCGGCUAUGGCAGCGGCGUGUCUCGUGUCGGCGACUUCCUCCUCGACAUCAACGACUUCACUGCCGAGUACGCCGAGCACAACGCAAAAGGCCACCCCGUCCGAGUAUGCUUGACCUCGGUGUACGAUGUGGUGCGCUUCAUCGUGGCAGCCAUCGACCUCGGUCCGCGAAACUGGCCCCACGAAUUCACCAUGCGGGGGGACAGGAUGCACGUUCGAGAUGUUGUCGGAACCUGCAGUCGUAUCAGGAACGUCGCUUUCCAUCACCACAUGAGGCAGCACACCGAGCUUCAAGCCUACCUGACCUAUUAUGCCCAAGCCGGGGACGCCGGCAGGGUUGCCUACUACCAGCGACUCCUCGCCACGACAAACGGGCGCUACGAUUUCACCAAGGCAUCGUUGAACGAAGCCCUUGAGAAAAACGGCCAGGGAGAUUUCCAGCCCAUGAGUCUGAGUCGCUGGCUCACUAAUGAAAAGGAUAAGGGAGAGGAAGACUAG